CAAUUACAAGUCUUCUUUCCCUUAGGAGUCAUUCUCCAGCACAGCAGUGGAGUGCUCACAUCUGUCUGGACGGAGUACUAUAUAAUGAGGCAGUGCAGCUCGCUUGGACAAAGAAACCACAGAACUCUUCCAGCUCCAGAGAACUGAUUAUCGCUCCAUCACAUCUACAAGUUGCAGCAACAGACAGCACUGCGGAGCACUUGUGCUCCUCUCUACAUGGGUGCAGGAGAACUGACAGUCCAAUUUCUUCAUCUCUGAUUAACAGACCAAGUGGAAUGACGAGGAAGAAUUCACUUAUGUGGAUCAUGUAAAGCGGACACAUCUUCCAGGGAUAAAUGACACCUGAAACAAGAUGGCGACAAAUAAAAGUUUCCCUGGGUACGAUGGCAUUAUUCCAGUGUUUGAAAGAGAAGACGAUCUAUUUGAGUCAAAACUUUCAAAAGAAGCUGAUAUAUGUGCUGGAUUAUAUCUAUUAUGUAUUGGUGUUCUCUCCACUAUAGGAAACAGCUAUGUAUUGUUGAUGGCAUGCCGAAGGAAAAAGAAGCUCAGACCAGCUGAGAUCAUGACCAUGAAUUUAGCAUUUUGUGACUUGGGAAUAUCAGUGUCGGGAAAACCAUUCACCAUCAUAUCCUUUUUCUGCCAUCGCUGGGUGUUUGGCUGGAGCAUCUGUCAGUGGUAUGGAUGGGUUGGCUUCUUCUUUGGAUGUGGGAGUCUCAUCACUAUGACAGUGGUCAGCUUUGACAGAUACAUGAAAAUCUGCCAUCUGAGAUAUGGUACUUGGGUAAAAAGACGGCAUGCCUUCAUUAGCCUGAUCCUUAUCUGGUUCUAUGCAUCCUUCUGGGCCACUCUGCCAUUGGUGGGAGUGGGGAACUAUGCUCCGGAGCCAUUUGGAACCUCCUGUACAUUAGACUGGUGGCUGGCACAGGCUUCUCUGCAAGGAAAGGUCUUUGUAAUCAGCAUCAUGUUCUUUUGCCUUAUUCUGCCCACCGUUGUCAUUAUAUUCUCCUAUGCAAAGAUCAUCGUCAAAGUCAAGUCUUCUGCUCAGGAAGUGGCAGUCUACGAUACCAGAAAUCAGAAGAAUCACACGCUGGAGAUCAAGCUGACCAAGGUGGCGAUGUUGAUCUGUGCAGGAUUCCUCAUUGCAUGGAUUCCCUAUGCUGUUGUGUCAGUCUGGUCAGCUUUUGGCAAUCCGGAUUCCGUCCCAAUUGAAUUUUCUGUGGUACCAACUCUGCUGGCAAAAUCGGCGGCAAUGUAUAAUCCUAUCAUUUACCAAGUUAUUGACUGCAAAUGCCCAUGCUUCAGAUCCAGCAAGACGCUACAAAAAUCCAAUUCUAGACAACCAGGAGAUGGGGAGAACAGACAAGACAUAGAUCAACUUCAGAGCGAAAACGAACAAUCAGGGAAUGAAAAGACCACUGCACCAAGGGUCUACACUAUAAGUAGAAGAUCCAUCCCAUCAACUGCAGAGUAAAGAGAAGAGAACAUUUACAAAUGGACUAAUCAGCCCCAGAAUGUCUUGCCAAAUGUAUUCUUUAAAAAGAAGAUACAGUGCCAUGAACCUAUAGUUCUCCAACCAGGAACAUUCCAGUUCCAGGAAUACAUUGUUUUAAGGUCCAUGGAUGUCUACAGAAGAUAUAUAAACCUUUAUAUACGUAAACCCCAUACACUGUAUGAUGCAGACCUAAAUGCCAAAAACAGCACUGACUAUGUAUUAUAUUGCUUUAUAUUUGUAUCUAUUGCUAAUUUAUAUUUCACAAGUUUUUGUGGCGAAUAAGCCAUGAUGGUAAAUAAAAUUAAAUUAUAAUAUAUCA